AUGUCUAUGAAGCCUGGUUCAUGUUUAGAAUAUCACUUUUUGUUCUCUGCGAAACAUAUGCACCACUUCACUGCUUUUGCUAUGUCGCUGCCUGCUUACCGACACCUCUGGCGCGCGGCGCGAAUCGCAUUCAAGGGUUUGGAUUUCUCUGGCUUGUUUGAGUAUCUGUUAUUGACGUUUCUUCUUUCGCAGGCGAUGACCGAGUCCUCACAGCAGCACAACAGCAGAUACGGCAAGCCGACAGACCCUUCCUACAGCUCCGCCAUCCAGAAAGCUGAAGAUAUUGCUAAGAUCCUAAGAGAAAAUGUAGUUCAGGGAAAGCAGGAUGAUUCUCGUGUCUUCAAGUUGCGCAUUCAUGAGGACACCGAACGUGGAGACAACGACUCGAUUAAGAUGGCCGGUGGCGGGUCGGCAACAAUGGGCGGGUGUGGCUGCAGUUGA